CACCGGAAGUGGCUCGGCGGCGACGGUAUAAAGAAGGCCAGGACGGGCUGAGUGCUUCCUUUCAGUUAAAGGGCGUGUGGAGGAGCGGUUGGUCAAGAUGUCGUGCGGCUCGGCUGAUUACAGUAGCAAGGAUCAAGGCCCAGAUGGGAUGGACCCAGAUGGCGUUAUCGAGAGUAACUGGAAUGAGAUUGUCGAUAAUUUUGAUGACAUGAACCUGAAAGAGACACUCCUUCGAGGAAUCUAUGCGUAUGGUUUUGAAAAACCUUCAGCAAUUCAACAGAGGGCAAUAAUGCCAUGUAUUAAAGGUUUUGAUGUCAUUGCCCAAGCUCAGUCUGGUACUGGCAAGACAGCUACAUUUGCAAUCUCCAUUCUGCAGCAGUUGGAGCUGGAUAUGAAAGAAUCACAAGCAUUGGUUCUGGCUCCUACCAGGGAGCUGGCACAGCAGAUCCAGAAGGUUAUCCUGGCUCUAGGAGAUUACAUGGGUGCUACUUGUCAUGCCUGCAUUGGUGGCACCAAUGUUCGAAGUGAGAUGCAGAAGCUGAAUGCUGAAGCUCCCAACAUUGUUGUAGGAACUCCAGGGAGAGUGUUUGACAUGUUGAACAGGGGAUAUAUAUCUUCCAGAUGGAUCAAGAUGUUUGUUUUGGAUGAAGCUGAUGAAAUGUUGAGUCGUGGAUUCAAAGAUCAAAUUUAUGAGAUAUUUCAGAAACUAAGCACAAACAUUCAGGUUGUUCUGUUAUCUGCCACAAUGCCAAGUGAUGUCUUGGAGGUGACUAAAAAGUUUAUGCGUGAUCCUAUUCGUAUCCUUGUUAAAAAGGAAGAACUCACUCUUGAGGGUAUCAAGCAGUUUUACAUCAACGUAGAAAGAGAGGAAUGGAAGUUGGACACACUGUGUGAUUUGUAUGAAACUUUAACCAUAACGCAAGCUGUGAUUUUUCUUAACACAAGGAGGAAGGUCGAUUGGCUGACUGAAAAAAUGCAUGCAAGGGACUUCACAGUUUCUGCAUUGCAUGGAGAUAUGGAUCAGAAAGAGCGUGACGUGAUCAUGAGGGAAUUCCGUUCAGGAUCUAGCCGUGUGCUAAUCACUACUGAUCUACUGGCUCGUGGCAUUGAUGUGCAGCAGGUGUCUCUGGUAAUUAACUAUGAUUUGCCUACAAAUCGGGAGAACUAUAUUCACAGAAUUGGCCGUGGUGGUCGCUUUGGAAGGAAGGGUGUUGCUAUUAACUUUGUUACUGAGGAAGAUAAACGAAUUCUUCGUGAUAUUGAGACAUUCUACAAUACAACUGUGGAAGAGAUGCCCAUGAAUGUGGCUGACCUGAUCUAAUGAUGGCAUGAGAAAUUGCAUUUGCAGCUGCUGAAUUAUCAGGCUACAUGGUGCGUUGUGCUGCUUCACCAGAAUUGUUGAAUUUCUUCUCCCAUGUGCAAACAGGAUCAGAAAUCCAGCAGUGAUAAGUGACUUGAGGAAGGCCUUUGGUUAUAAUCCUCUUAUGGUGUUGACUGCUGGGGUGGGAAGUUUAAGUCAUGGGGUGUUUAAAUGUAUAUGCCCUUCAGUGUUUUGAAAGUUCUGUAGUAGCAUUUCUGUUUGAUAUUCUUUAUCACUUAAUAGUUUACUUAUGGACUAAAAAAUUCAAGUGCUGUGUUAAAUCAGCCAAUUAUGUCAAACUGGCAUAUCUACAACUAUUUUAAAAUGAAGCUUGCCAAUCAACUGGUAAUGUAUGUGCACUUUUCUAGAGUAAUCUACUACAUGUAUUUGUAUUAAUAAGACAUUUGAGUUGUGCAAAGACCUGCACAGUUUUGGCUUCCCAGUAGCUGUUUGCCCAGGAUAUGUGUGCAAAUAAGAUUUGGAACUAGUUUGGAAAGAAGCUGGAUGUUGUAACUGCAUUCCUGCAUUGCAUCUUUAUUUUUGUAACUUUGUAGUUUUGUUUAUUGUAUAUGGGCUGUUCUAAUUUAUGUAUUCUAUCGCUACCCAUCUUCUGAAUAUUUAUGUUUACUCUGAAAGACAACCGACUAGGAGAUUGUACAGACUGCUCAAUAGUAAAAAUACACAUCUUUCAACUUUUAAA